AAUAAAACCAACUGACAAUUUCGUUCUUAAAAUGCAUAAUAAUGCUGAUGGAAAUAAAAAUGUUGAGAUGGUACUGCAGAAACCUUUAGACAGAGAGAAACAAGAGCAGAUAUCCCUCGUGCUAACAGCUAUAGAUGGAGGAGAGCCACAGAUGUCAGGAACAAUGCAGAUUCUCAUUACAGUUUUAGACGCUAAUGAUAAUGCUCCGGUUUUUACACAGCAAACAUACAAAGCUACAGUCACUGAGAAUUCACCUAAAGGAACAGUUGUUGCUACUGUUACAGCGUCAGACGCAGACCAAGGUUCGAACAGUAAAAUAACAUAUUCAAUCACAAACAAAGUGGAUGACGUCAGGAAAGUCUUUAACAUAAACAAGGAGAACGGCGAAGUGACUUUAAUUGGGAAUACUGACUUCGAGGAUUCACGAGGUUUUCAGUUAAAUUUACGUGCUAGUGAUGUUGGAGGACUAACAGAUUCCUGUAAACUGAUUGUUGAUGUUCUGGAUUUAAAUGACAACAAACCUGAAAUCAACAUAAUGUCUAAGUCGACUGUGAUUUCGGAGGAUGCUAAACUCAAUACAGUUGUUACAAUGAUAAACGUUGAAGACAGGGACACUGGAGAAAGAGGGAAUGUUCAAUGUUCAGUUAGUGAUAGUGUACCUUUCAUUUUGAAAUCAUCAACAAAUCACUUCUAUACCUUAGUAACAGACAGUGAUUUAGACAGAGAGAGAGCCUCUGAGUAUAACAUCACUGUGACCUGCUCUGAUGAGGGAGUGCCCUCCCUCUCCACCAGCGUCACUCUCACCUUACAGAUCUCAGACGUUAAUGAUAACGCACCUGUCUUUGAGAGGAGCUCAUAUGAGGCCUACAUUGUAGAAAACAACACACCGGGCCUCUCUAUAUUUACAGUCAAAGCCUCAGACGCUGACUGGAACCAGAAUGCCCGUGUUUCUUACAUACUGGAGUACUCCUCCGUUAACGGAGUGCCAGUCUCCUCGUAUGUGUCCGUUAGUGCUGAUAGUGGAGUCAUCCAUGCAGUGCGCUCUUUUGACUACGAGCAGAUCAAAGAUUUCCACUUCCGCGUGAAAGCGCAGGAUGGAGGCUCUCCUCCACUCAGCAGCAACGUGACUGUGAAAAUAAUGAUCCAAGACCAGAACGACAACCCCCCUCAGGUUCUGUACCCAGUCCAGACUGGUGGCUCUCUGGUGGCUGAAAUGGUGCCUCGUUCAGCAGAUGUGGGCUAUCUGGUGACUAAAGUGGUGGCUGUUGAUGUGGACUCUGGACAGAAUGCCUGGCUCUCCUAUAAACUGCAGAAAGCCACAGACAGGGCGCUGUUUGAAGUGGGCUUACAGAAUGGAGAAAUCAGAACUAUCCGCCAAGUCACUGAUAAAGAUGCUGUCAAACAAAGACUGACUGUUAUAGUGGAGGACAACGGGCAGCCUUCCCGUUCAGCUACAGUCGUUGUUAACGUGGCGGUGGCGGACAGCUUCCCUGAAGUGCUGUCGGAGUUCACUGAUUUGACCCACGACAAGGAGUACAAUGACAACCUGACUUUUUACUUAGUCUUGGCUCUGGCUGUAGUUUCCUUCCUCUUCAUCACGUGUUUAGUGGUUAUUAUAUCAGUCAAAAUCUACAGGUGGAGACAGUCUCGCAUCCUGUAUCACUCCAACCUGCCUGUCAUUCCAUAUUAUCCACCACGUUACUCAGACACUUUGGGGACAGGAACUCUGCCACAUGUGUACAAUUACGAGGUGUGCAGGACGACUGACUCCAGAAAGAGUGACUGUAAGUUCGGCAGAGCUGGUAGUCAGAACGUGUUGAUAAUGGACCCCAGUUCUACAGGAACGAUGCAGCGGAUACAGAGUGAAAAGAGCAUCCUGGAUGAACCAGACUCUCCUCUUGAGGUCAGUUAACUGCUGUUGUGAAC